AUGAUUAUUUCAAAUCAAUCGAAGGGAUUGCUUUUGAAUAAGCAUAAUACGUUCAAAGCUGCGAUUUCUAGGUUUUCCAGUAGCGGUCCAACCAGGCAACCACUGUUGUCAAUCGACGAUGACUUAAUGGAUAAAGAUUAUCAGGAAGAAGUGUCGAAACAUUUAAAAGACUUAAAAGCUUAUCCUUCAUACUCCAAUAUAUUAAAUCCCCAGCACUUCUACCAAAACCAAGUUUUGAUGGAAUACCUGCAAAAGAGACCACACCCAGUUUCUCUUAGACAGCUUGCAGGAUUUGGCAAAACGUUGACAAAGCAAAAGAUUUUGAGUAGUGCUAAUUUUGUAAGACUUGAAUUGCCAAUUAGGCUUGCUAUGAGGAUUCGUGACCUCCAAACCUUGCCUUUUGGUGUUGUUAACAAUGUACACUUUGCAAAGAUAUAUGAGAGCUAUUAUCACCUGUUCAAUGCAUUCAGAAAAAUCCCUACCAUCAAAACAUUAGAUGACAACCAAAAGUUUUGUCGAACAUUAUCUCAGAUGCUUGAUGAUCAUGUAUUCAACUUAUCCAACUUGAUGAUGGGAGCAUUGGAAAUUUCAAUAGUAUCGGAUUUGUCUCAAGAGGAAUUGGAUCAGUUUAUGUCAUCUAUUUUGAGGUCUAGAAUCAGCCGAAGAGUGAUAGUGGAGGAGCACUUGUCUUUGACAGAGAACUAUAAAACCUCGCCAUACUCUUCGAAACCCCCUGAUUUCAUUGGAGAAAUAUUCCAUCAAUGUCGUGCUGCUGAUCAUUUAAAUAUAGUGGGAGAUUUACUCAAGGAUUCAAUGAUGGAUGGUUAUCACAACAAAGAACAUAUGCCCGACCUAGAAUUACAUGGCGACUUGAAUGCGACAUGCCCCUUUUUGGUUCCUCACUUGCAUUAUUUAUUUGGAGAGAUACUAAGGAAUUCGUUUGAAGCUACGAUAAAGACUCAUGGAAAGGAUUUAUCAACAAAACUUCCGCCCAUAAAAAUUCUAAUUAUUGACUCGUCAAAUGAAAUAGUAUUCAAGAUUUCUGACUUUGGAGGUGGGAUGAAGCAUGAAGAAAUGAAAGAUAUCUGGUCUUUUAAGAAAAAGCAAGAUUUGGCAAAGCAGUAUUUGUCAAACUUUCAUGCUCUUCCUGGAUUAUCUAUACUACCAGAUCCAAUGGAGCUGACGAAUUCCUCGCAAUCUUAUACUUUACAGAUCCUUAAAGAACCUAUUUUAGGCAGAGCUAGUUCUAUUUUUACAAAGCAGUCAACUUUAGAGACUUUGAUCAAGCGACCUCAUGAAUAUAGACUUGGUUUGGGCUUACCUAUGUGCAAGGUCUAUGCUGAUUACUGGAAUGGCGAUCUUCUGAUGAAUUCUAUUCAAGGCUACGGAACUGAUACAUGUCUUAGGCUAACAAAACUUGGUUAUUAUUCAAAUAAUAUUCAGCUAGAUAGAGCAUGA